AUGGCUGGUUCUGUGCCCAAUAAGAAAAAGAAAGGUGCUAAAUUGUUAGAUCCUCCUCCAUUGAAGAAGCAAAAAGCAGAAUUUAGUUUUUAUUCGGAUGGCAGUUGUGAACCUGAAGAGCUUCAAGAAUCUGAUGUGGAAGAACACGGUAACGCGACUCUUCUUCAAAAAUGUUGUUACGAUCCUUUUGCCCAUGAUAUACUCCUCAGAAGUGAGGAUGAAGAUGAUGAAGAGGAGGAUGCUGGUGCUGGUGCAGAUUCAGAUUCAAAUUCUGACGAGUCUGACAUUGAAACAAGAGCAAGAGCCAUUGACGAGGAAAGGGAGCUUGAAGAAGAGGCGAAUAGGGCCCCUGAUCUUUCCAACAUCAACAUUCAGAUAAACAUGAAAGAGAGCAAGAAGGGGCGGCACACAAGGAUUAUGUUGAUCAGCUUAAAAGAGAUUGAGGGUUUUAUUGAGAUGUUUCCAGUCGUUGAGCUUAUGGAACUUAUUGAAGCUUUUGAGAACCCAAGGCCUAUAUGUCUUUGCACAAAUACUUUGAAGACUCGUCGGAGGGAUUUGGCUGGUAUUCUGUUGAACAUAGCCAAGUGGGUUCUCUUCGCCAAUGUCGGAGUGUUUUCAGCGGGCCUGCGGGUUCUUGUGGUGGAUGACGAUCCCACGUGGUUGAAGAUUCUUGAGAAGAUGCUCAAGAAAUGCAAUUACGAAGACGGACGACUUAUGCUGGCUGAUGCUGAUGACAAGCAACCCAAAAAGAAAGUUCACAUGGGGAUGCUGGCUACACAAUUUCACUAUAACUUCUGGGAUAUUAAGCUAGCUCAGCAUAUUGAUGAAGGAAACGAGGAUGGAUUAUACCCGGGAGUUUCAAACUGA